AUGGCCAUGCUCUCUCCCGCAUUCUGCACUACCCUCUCUCCCUCGCCGCCCCGCACCCGCUCACUUCCCCCGUCCUCUCCCCCCAAUCCUCCCCGCGCGCAGAUGGCGGUGACGGCGGACAGGGCGCGCGAGGAGGGCGUGGACACGGGCAAAAGCGGCGACGGGGGAGGGGGGGCGGCAGGAGGGCGGACGUGCCUGGUGCAGGGGUACCUGCUGAAGCGGUCAGAAACGCUGCACCUGUGGAACCAGCGCUGGUUCGUGCUGGACCCCACCACUGCGCGCAUGGAGUACCGCAUGCAGCGCAGCGACGUGUACCCACGCGGGCAUAUCGUGUUCGACGCCGACAGCACCAUCACCGUCUCGCCCCUCAACUUCCAUGGAGCCAAGCAAUACGACGGCUGCUGCUUCUACGUGGGCACGGCGGGCAAGAAGGAGUACUUCCUGUGCGCGGAGACGCCAGAGGCCGCCAGGGCGUGGGUCGUCACCAUCAGGGCGGCAGCACAAGUGUUGAGGGCGCACCGAGCGGCCGUCAGUCUGCUGGGAACCGCCUCCGGCCCUGCUGUCUCCGGGGCAGUGGCAGCGGCAACGGCAGCAGCAGUGGAGGCGGCGGGGCAGGCGCAGAGGAACGUGGCGGUGGCGAAUGAGAGGGCGCUGCAGCACGGCGCUGCCACCGCCUUCUUCUCCCUGGCUGCCCCCUCCCCCCUGCAAGCCGCCGCUCUCACUCCCACCAGUAUCGCUGCUGCUGCUGCCGCCACCACCGCUGCUGCUGCUGCUGGCGCUGGCGCUAGUGGGAGUCCACAUGCAGCUGUGGGGAAUGGGCGUGGGGGUGGUGGCGGGGUGGAGGGCGGUGCUGUAGCACCCUCUGGGGACAGCGUGCACCUGCUCAAGGUGAUUGCCCUCCACAGUGCAGAGAUGCGCGCUUGGGAAGGUGCAUGUUCAUGUGAGGAAGGAACCCAUGCGUUCCAUGCAUGCGUGGGGCCCGCUGCACCCGAGACGCUGCGGGUGAAGGACGAGGAGAUCCAUGCGCUCGCCGUGGCGCUGCGCGAGCGCGACUCCGCCAUCGCUGACCUCACCCGUCGCCUCCAAGACGCUGCCGCCGCCGCUGAUGCCGCCGCGGCAGCAGCAGCGCAGGCAGCAAGGGAGCGGAACGAGGUGCGCGCGGCUGCAGGCAAGCUGUGCGACGACCUGGAGGCGCGGUUUGAGCGGUCGGAGCAGCAGCAGGCGGGCAGCAAGGCGGGGCGCGUGGCAGCGGAACAGGAGGCGGAGCGGGCGCGGGCGCAGGUGGCGCAGCUGCAGGUGGCGCUGGCGGAGGCGAUGGCACGCGGCGAUAGGGAGGAGGCUGGCAGGCGGGCAGCAGAGGGGGAGAUGCUGCAGUGGAAGGCCGAGGCAGAGAGGUUGGUGAGUGCAGGGCUGGCAUCACUCGCGCCCUCGUGUCCAUCCGCCACGACCACUGCCACUGCAGCACGCACCCAAGCAGGCACAGAGCCUCCAUCCGCUUGCGCACCUGCCACACCCGCGCCAUGGCUGCCCUCCCUGCCACCUGUGUCUUAUACCACAAGUGCAUGCGCCGUGCCUGCCGAGGACCCGCACCCUGCCCCACUCACUGCCCUGCACACUCCACCCACCGUAACAGCUGUGCCUUUACUGCCAGUAGCAGCUGAAGCAGCGGCAGCGGCAGCAGGAGGAGGGGGAGCGGCUUUGUCUGAUGCUCCAGCAACAGGUGAUGGGAACUCUGACGCUGACACUGCUACACUUGCUGCUGCUGCUGUGGGCGAAGCAAGUGCAGCAGAUGCUGCCGCGAAGGCAUUUGGACAUGUUAGCACCACUGAUGCUGCUCUUGGUGUUGGCUCUACCAAGUAUUGA